AUGGCCUCCCACGAUUCACCGUCGCAUUCUGACGGUGAAGCAUUCAAUCCUCCUCACGAGACUGUGGAAACGCUACCUCUCCAGCGACCUCCCAUGGGCGACUUUGACGGCCCGGACGAUGACACAGUCGAGACCUUGCCACUGCCCCCUGUUGACGCAGUUAACACAGGCCGACAAACCCAGCCCACCCAGAUCAUAGAGCGCGCACCACAAGUCAUGUCAUCCUCACCUUUCAAACCAGACUCCGGAGUCGUGCAAGUUGCUGCAUCCUCUCCUAUUGCUACCCCAGCCCUGAAGAGCAAGCCUACUGGCAUUUUAGCGAGCGCAAUGGCCCCUGCUGGGACUGCCUUCAGAAGACCGUACGUCGCCGUGCAACCACGUCCUCCACCCAUCACGAUCAACAGCGACGACGAAGGCCCGACUUACCGCGCAGGCUCGUCAGAUAGCGAUGGACCAAACGUGAGAUCAAACGACAUCAAAACAUCCACCUUUGUGAGGAAGAACCGCACCACGGAAAAGAUCCCGGAGUCACCUCAAGCACACAACAGCGGUCGCAGCCGGUUUAUGGAGAUUGCUGCGAGUUCUUUAUUUCAGGGUUCACCGAAUACAAGCCUGUCGCCGGGCUCAACCCCCGCCAAACGCCCUUCUGACAUAAACGCCAGUGCAUAUGGCAACGUCUCCAAGAGACCGCGUCAAACUGCGCCUUCGCGCGCGUUGCCGGUGGCACCUCCCAAGAAGCAACCUGAGAUGGAGUUGGAUGACAUCAGUGACUAUAACAUGAGACAAAAAGUCAAACGAAUUAUGUCCAUGGUCAGGACGGUGUCGGUCAAGGAGUGUUACGAAAUCUUGCUAUCGAAACGAGGCAAUUUUGAUGAUGCCGUCACUGAGGCACUCCAGAUGAGUGAAAAAAGACAGGACCAUAACCAGAAAAAAGCUGUCGACUUGACAGGUUCGGAGGACGAGCUGAUGCCGACCCCUAUCGCCAAAAGAUCUGCACCCAAACCGACCGUGAAUGUGGCCAAACAACAAGCCAAAGCGCCCCAGAGGUCUAUCGCAGAGAAGUGGAGCUCAACCCAGAACGUGAGGAAACCUUCCAAGACGAUAGAUGUCUUUGACACGCCCCCGCCACAGAAAAGACGAACGCUAGUACGCGGUCGGCGACGCUCUUCCUCUUUGGCACCAGAAGAGGCAAUAGCAGUUGUUAAACCCCCACCGAAAUCUGUGCAAGUUGUCCUGUCCGAUGAGUCAGACGAGGCGGCUUCAGACCUUGAGGCUGAGGAAGGGGACAAGACUACUUUCCGGACUCGUGUGCUUCACUUUUUUAAUACCUGCUCAGCCGCUGAUCUUGCUGAUAUCGCGUCCAUCACCUCCGAGGUCGCAAAUCAUUUCAUCUCCCACAGACCCUUCAAGGGGCUCAAUGACGUGUCGAAAGUCUGCACGCCCAAUUUGAAGCCCGCUAAAGGGAAGAAGAAAACAACACCUCUAGGGGAAAAGGUACUGGACAGGGUUGAGACAAUGCUGCAGAGCUACGAAGCCGUGGAUUAUUUGGUCAAGCAAUGUGAGACUCUGGCCAAACCGCUGGCGAACGAGAUGAAAUCCUGGGGUGUCAGCCUGUACGGCUCUCGGGAUGGAGAGCUUGACCUUGUUUCGCUCCAGGGGACACAGCGGUCGAGUCACGACUCAGGCAUUGGGACUCCAGUGAGCGAUGAGGACCGCGACAUUUUCAAGAAACCGACAUCCAAAAUCCUCAUAGGUCAACCAUCGAUCAUGUCCCCAGACAUCCAAAUGAAGGACUAUCAGAUUGUUGGGGUGAAUUGGCUCAAACUUUUGUACAAGAGAGGUUUGAGCUGCAUUCUGGCAGACGACAUGGGUCUAGGAAAGACUUGCCAGGUCAUUGCAUUUUUAGCACAUUUGCUCGAGCAGGGCCGCAAAGGACCGCAUCUUGUUGUUGUACCGGCUGCAACCCUGGAAAAUUGGCUCAAAGAAUUCAGUCGCUUCUGUCCGACUUUGAACGUUGAGCCUUACUACUCCAACAACCCGAAUGAGCGCGUCGCGUUGAGAGAGAGUCUCGAAGACGCACGAGACGACAUUAACGUGAUUGUCACGACAUACACUUUGGCCAAAGGGAAAGAUGACUUCCCUUGGUUGAGAAAUUUUGGCUUCGACUGUACAGUGUACGAUGAAGGACAUUAUUUGAAGAAUGCCGAGUCUCAGGUCGCCAGCAAACUGGUGAGGAUCAAGUCGAAUUUCCGCUUGUUGCUCACUGGUACACCCCUGCAAAACAACCUGAAAGAACUAAUCAGCUUGCUUGGGUUUCUUAUGCCAGACUUGUUCAAAGAUAAGUCAACCGAGCUAAGCUACAUCUUUAAGCAUAAUGUCAAAGCAAUGGACGACAACCACGAAGCUCUACUUUCUAGCGAACGUAUCAAACGCGCUAGAAGUAUGUUGACUCCAUUCAUCUUGAGAAGAAAGAAGUAUCAGGUACUCAAGGACCUGCCCAAGAAGGAACGCCGCGUGGAAUAUUGCGCAAUGACGAAGGAACAAUCGGAGUUAUAUCAAAUGUGCCUUGACAAAGCGUACGCCAUACGUGAACGGAAGGAGAGAGGAGAAAACAUGAGCAACGAGUCGGCAAACAUCCUCAUGAGAUUGAGGCAGGCCGCAAUCCAUCCCAUGCUCUUCCGGCGACUCUAUCCUGACGAGAUAUUGCCACGGAUUGCGAAACAGUGCUUGAAGGUCGACAUAUGGCGCGAAUCCAAUCCUGCCCUGAUCGUGACGGAGCUUGAGGCCUAUUCGGAUAUGGAGAUUCACACCCUGUGUGAUCAACAUGAAGAAUUGAAGCGGUUUGCGCUCAACAACAACGAAUGGCUAGCCAGUGGAAAAGUUCAGAAGAUGAUUGAGUUGCUCCGCAAGUUCAUAUCGGAGGGCCACAGGACGCUGAUUUUCAGCCAAUUUGUCAUGGUGCUCGACAUUCUCGAGCUGGUCCUUGAACGCGAAGCCAUCGAGUAUUUUCGACUUGACGGCAAUACUAAGGUCUCUGAACGGCAAGACCUGAUAGACGAGUUCUCAGCCGACGACAACCGGACACCCGUUUUCAUGCUGAGUACCAAGGCGGGUGGCGCUGGAAUCAAUCUGGCAAAGGCUAACAAAGUCAUUGUGUUUGAUAGCGGCUUCAAUCCUCAAGAUGACAUCCAAGCCGAGAACAGAGCUCAUCGGAUCGGCCAGGUCAAGGAUGUCGAAGUGGUGCGGUUGGUCACCAAAGGUUCAGUCGAAGAGCAGAUCUACGCCAUGGGCCUGACUAAACUGAAGCUUGACGAACAAGUCGCUGGGGAAGGAGCAGAGGAGCAGCCAAAGCGAGACGGUGAAGAAGACGACAAAGAGAUUGAAGGUCGCAUGAUUGUCGAGGACAUGUUCUUCCAGAAGCUCGACCGAGAACCGAUUGAACGAGUGAAGGAGGAAGCUGCCAGUCCAGUCAAGACGAAGCCCGCUGCAUCUUCGCCUGAGAAUGGAAAGGACUAA